GUUAAAUUACAUUUCUAGCGGAGGCGCAUGAUUCACACAAAAUUUGAGACGUAGUGGGGAUAGUCCAGUUCGAUAAAAUAGACAAAUUACACUUAUACGUUUAGUUCGGGUGUGUGUGGAUAAAACACAAGCAAGGACGAAAAAGUAUUAGCAGUGAAAAGUAGCAAAAAAUAAGCAGAAGUUGUGGCUUAAAUUUCAUUCAUAUCAAUUGUCUUUCCUCGCCAUUAUGAAUUCACUGAUGAAUUACGGCAGUGAUGGUGAAAAUAGCAAUAAUUCCGAUGACGCUAAGAUAUCCAAUGAAGAAAAAAAUCAUAUCCGUAGUAAACAAGCUAAUGAUGUCAAUUAUGAUCCAGUUCAAAUGGAUAUGAGUGAGGAGAGUAACAACAAUCAUUCCUCUGAACAAUCAGACAGUGAAGAAGGAACCCACAGUCCACAAUCAAGUCGGUCGUUAAGUUCUUCAAAAUUAGAUUCUGCACGUCCGCGAUCUUCCCCCACAGACCAGAGGCGUUCGGACCAUGACAGUCACAAAUCAAGUUACCGAGGGGAUUCAAAAAGAUCUGACAGCCGAAAUGAUCGUUCACACAAUUCCGAAGAAAAAUGUCGACGAUCAUCUAAUGAUGACAAGAGAUCACGAGACUAUGACAACAAAGACUCCAGAAAACGAGACGACGACAGAAGGCAUCGAGAUGACGACCGACGAAGAGACAAAAAUUCAACAUCAGGAAGGGAAGAUCGAAGAGAUGAUCGUGACAAAAAAGACAAAGAUCGUCGUCAUGGAAGUGAUAGGUCGGCCAGAACGCGAGAUCGAGACCGAAGACACUUUAGAUCAGAGAGAACCAAAGACAGACAUCGUGACGAUAGACCAUCUCAUCAGAAAGACAAAGACAGAAGAUCUAGAUCUAGGUCUAGAUCCAAAGAUCGUGUAUCAUCAUUCAGGCCGAUGAGUUACAGAGAAGAGAAAGGCAGAAAUAAAUUAGCACAACUAGAGAAACUUGGGAUUGAGUUGAAAGCUCCUGAAGGAUCAGCAGCUAUGCCAGCGUUGUUUAAGGAACAGAAUUAUUAUAAUCCUUUGACUACUGCAACAGCAGGGAAGUAUGCUGAACAGAUUCAGAAGCGGAAGCUGCUUUGGGCAAAUAAGUCAAAACAAGAUGAAAGUAAAAAUACAGCUGCAGUUGGAUCCAAUACAUGGGUAGGAACGACAUUCACUCACGAUGAAGAUGGUAAAAUGACUGCCAAAUUUAAAAGACUAAUGGGAAUCAAGAAUGAAGUUCCAUCAACACCAGCUCCUGGAACAAAACCAGAUAUUUUGAAAAAACAAGAAGAAAUGUUUAGCAAUAUGGAACAACAGUAUGAAGUUGCUCGUGCAACAACCCAUACCCAACGUGGAGUUGGUCUUGGUUAUGCUAGCAGUGGGUAUCAAUUUCCUCGAUAGAUUGUGUGCGCUUUUAUAUAAAUAUAUAUAUAUAUAUUUAUAAUAUAGAUAUAAAUUUCAAAACUAUUCAAAGGGUUGAAGUUAAAUAUGAUAAAAGUUGUAAUAAACUAUUUAAGUGUAAGAAUACUUUUAUUGUAUGAUAAACUAAUAUUAAUAGUUAGAAAAUCUUGGUAAAAAAGAUUUGCUAUUCAAGAGAAAGGUUGUUGAUACUCUAUAAUUUGUAUAGAGUAUUUUUUGUUAAAUUGGAAUUGUUUGGAAACAAUAUUAAUAAUUAUUACAUAUAAUGCAGAAAUAUUCGUAAAAAGCUUUCUAAAUAAAAUUUUUCAAUAAGACUUUUAUGAAUAUAUGGAUAUUUAUGUUUGCUGCUGGAAAAAAAACUCGAGACCUGGUAGAUAGAGCAUAGUUUUUCUUGACUAGAAGUUUGUUCAAACCAACAAUUCACAAAAAUUAGUUUAUAAUGUUGAUAUAAAAUGUAAGUAGAUUUAUAUUUAAGAUAAUACAUUGUAUCAUUUAUGUCGAUUUUACUAAAGUAUAAAUUGCAAAUUCAAAUUUUUUCAA